UCUUAGUUAAUCUCUGAAAAUGGUUCGCUAUUCGCUUGAUCCAGAGAACCCCACAAAGUCAUGCAAGUCGAGGGGCUCCAACCUUCGAGUCCACUUCAAGAAUACACGUGAGACAGCCCAAGCUAUCAAGGGUAUGCACAUUCGGAAGGCCACCAAAUAUUUGAAAGAUGUGACAUUGAAGAAACAGUGUGUUCCCUUUCGUCGCUACAAUGGCGGGGUUGGCAGAUGUGCUCAGGCCAAGCAGUGGGGCUGGACCCAGGGGCGCUGGCCGAAGAAGAGUGCUGAGUUCCUCCUGCAUAUGCUCAAGAAUGCUGAGAGCAACGCUGAGCUGAAGGGUCUGGAUGUGGAUUCUCUAGUAAUUGAGCACAUUCAGGUCAACAAAGCUCCCAAAAUGCGGAGACGAACCUACAGGGCUCACGGUCGCAUCAACCCCUAUAUGAGUUCUCCCUGCCACAUUGAGAUGAUCCUCACGGAGAAGGAGCAGAUCGUUCCCAAGCCAGAAGAAGAAGUUGCUCAGAAGAAGAAGAUAUCUCAGAAGAAAUUGAAGAAGCAGAAACUUAUGGCUCGAGAAUAAACACUAUGUUCAGUUCACAAAUAAAAAUAAGAUGCAGUCAAAA